ACCGCUGUGUAGAUCUCAGCGCGCAAAUGUAUUUUCUAAUGUUGAUAAACCGCCACUGUUUGGAUUUUAUUUGAAAUUCACUGGUCUUUAGAAAACAGCGGGAUAUAAACUCUUACCGACGUUGUGGAUAUCGAGGAACCGAACAAGAACAGGCAGAGAGAGAGAGAGACUAUAAUGGUCCUUAGUCAGAUGGAUGCCGGUAAAGCUUUGACGGCGGCAGCAGCCAGAGGGAACAGCAGCGAGGUGCAGAGGAUCCUGGAGGAAUGCAGAUUGCAUCCGGACACUCUCAAUGAAUUUGGCAGGACUGCGCUGCAGGUGAUGAUGAUGGGAAACUCCAAGGUUGCAAGUUUGCUGUUGGAAAAAGGAGCAGACCCCAACAUGCAGGACAAACACGGGAUAGCGCCUGUGCACGAUGCAGCCCGGACAGGAUUCCUGGACACUGUGCAGGUUCUGGUGGAGUACGGCGCUUCGGUAAACAUCCCGGAUCAGAGCGGCGCCCUGCCUAUCCACAUUGCCAUCCGGGAAGGCCACCGAGAUGUUGUGGAGUUCUUGGCACCGCGGUCCGACCUGAAGCACGCCAACGUCAGCGGUCAGACGGCCAUAGACGUGGCCCGAGCUUCAUGUGUGCCCGAUAUGAUUGACUUGCUUUUCGCUCACAUUCAUAGUUAGUCUGGGUGCUGGGUGGGACCCUAACCUAACCCUUAUUUUUGCUUCAAACCUGGUGACUUGAAUUCAUUGCUGUGUAAAGGAUUAUUUUUUGUUAAUAGUGGCUCAGCAUUAAUGUGUCACAGGCAGCUUCUUUUCAGUGGAUGGGUGGCUAUAUACAGUAGACACCUCUUUUGCACAGUGCAAUUUAGGCACCUUAUAUAUCUGUUUUCCCUAUUAAUUGGGAGUGCACAUUUGUAGAUAGUUUCCCCAGUGUUUUGUAAUUAUUGCAUUAUUUGUAAGAACAGUUGUGUAUGUUUUUUUUUAAAAAUUACAAAACUUGACAUGGUGCACCCUGAUUGCUUUUCAUAGUUUUGUUUCUCUUAAUUAGAUGUACUUAGACUUUGAAUUUACUCUUAUUUAUUGUUGGAAUAGGACUGAAUAUUCCCGUGACUUUGUAAAUAGCAACAUUUAUUGUGAUUUGUUGAAAUGUUAUUUAUAUAAAUACUUUUAAAACAAAAGUGAUAUCAUUCACUUUAAUAUUUGAAGAAGAAAGCACAAAAUAAAGUGUUAAACUUGAA